CGACCCUCCUCGAACGAAGAUGUCCAAUCUUCCAAUUAAUUUGACGGAUCUCCCAACGGAAUUGGCGGAGGAGAUACUCUCUAAGGUUCCGGUGACUUCUAUGAGAAGUGUCCGAUCAACUUGCAAAAAGUGGAACACUUAAACCAAAUGUGAGAGCUUUGCAAAGAAGCACCUUGGUCGUCAAGCAACACUAGCGUCAGCGAGGGAGUUUGUGGUGGUGAUGAUGAUGGAUUUUAGGGUAUAUUUAAUGCGCGUAAAUCUCCACAACGAGGUUGAAUCAUGCAUGAACCGUGAAAGUAAACUUAGUAGCCUAGAUGGUUCGGAUCAAAUCCAUGUAUCUCAAGUCUUUCACUGUGAAGGUAUAUUGUUAUGCAUCGCGGAAGACAACACGAGGAUCUUGGUUUGUAACCCGUUUUCGGGGCAAAGCCGGUUGAUCGAGGCUACACACAAUUUCUACAGAUUGGACCGUUAUUUGUACGCUCUGGGAUACGACAAGAGCACCAGCAACCAGUCCCUCAAAGUCUUGAGAUUUAUUGAUUAUCCCGGCAUCGACAGUUUUCUUGAGUUCAAAAUCUACGACUUUAGCUCUGACUCAUGGAGGGUUCUUGAUGUGGCCAAUACAGACUUUAAAAUAUAUUAUUAUAGCCGUGGCGACUCUCUCAAGGGAGACACGUAUUGGUUUGCUGAAGACAAGUAUUCGGACACACCUGAAGAAGGAAGAGACCCGUUUUUCUUAGUCUGUUUUGAUUUCACAAGAGAGUGUUUUGGGCCGCGUUUGCCUCUGCCUUUUGAUUGGUUUCUUGAAGAUAUUGUGAGUCUAUCUAGUGUUAGAGAAGAGCAGCUUGCCGUUUUAUUUCAGCGAGAGGAUACAUUACAGAUGGAGAUAUGGGUUACGUCUAAGAUUGAGCCCAACACGGUGUCCUGGAGCAGCAAGGUGUUUUUACAAGUGAAUAUGAAAACACUCCUUCCCUGUUGCUUAUUGUUUCUGGUUACACAUGCGAGUUUCUUCAUUGACGAGGAGAAGAAAGUCGCCGUGGUUUUUGACAAAGACAUAUACUCAGCUACUCGAAACAAAGCUUACAUCGUUGAGAAGGAUGGAUCCUUGAAACAAGAGGAUCUCGGAGAAUCUCCAUACGCAUUAUCCAUACCACUUGUGUGCUCUUAUGUUCCAAGUUUACGCCAACUUAAUUAG